GCAGCGCGGAGCUCGUGUCAACCACGACCAGACGUGUAACUCUUUCAAUUGAAUUACCCUUCCAAGACCUUUUAUUUGAGAGGUAAAACAACUAAAAAACAAAAAAAGAGCGUUAGGGUCUUCGCCGCCGGACAGGACGGAGGACUAACACGCACGCGUUAGUUUAUUUUGAAAGUUGGAUUAAAGCGGAGUCUCCUGAAGUGGGAGGAAAUAUUGUCUGCCAGAUGCUGCCCAGAGGAUGAACACUACACAUUGGAGACAUCAGCGGAAUCCGGGGCUGCCAACGGCAGUGUGGCGAGCGUAGAUAACCCCUCCCCCCACCCCCCUUAUGAGGUGAAAACCCUUCCCCGUCCUGCAGUAUCCCCUCCCAGCACCGACAGCAGGAACAAGGGAUGUCACGGCUGUUUCUCUUUUCGGCACUGCUCAUUGUCUCCUGCAGCAUUGAGGUGUCUCCUGCUGCUUCUCUGGAUAAGCUGAAGGAGAGUUGGAAGUUGUACAUGGAGGAGUGUGACCGCAACAACAGUCGAGACCCGCCAAGCAGCGGCCUCGUGUGCGAGCGGGAGUUUGACAAGUACGCCUGUUGGCCCGAUGGACUCCCGAACACCACCGUCAGUGUGUCAUGUCCUUGGUAUCUGCCGUGGUACAAUAAAGUUCAACACGGCAUGGUGUAUCAGGAGUGUGACGCCAACGGCCAGUGGGUGACAAUGAAGAACACCAGCGAGUGUGACUCUAAUGAUCCAAGUCUGCAGUACUAUGGCCAUAUCCGGGUCAUGUACACUGUGGGCUAUUCCUUAUCGCUGGUGGCUUUGGUGUUGGCGCUUGGCAUCCUCAUAUUCUUCAGGAAACUGCACUGCAUGAGGAACAACAUCCACAUGAAUCUGUUUGCCUCCUUCAUCCUGCGAGCCCUGUCUAUCCUCAUCAAAGACGCUCUGUUGGAGGCCAACAUCACGUCGCAGGACCUCAGCAGUGACCAAGAGCAGGGCUUUCCUCAGGCAUCUAUGCCUCCAGUGGAGCUGCUGGUAAACAAUGAGACAGCGGUUAACUGUCGCAUCGCCAUGGUGAUGAUGCAGUACAGCAUCAUGGCCAACAGCUACUGGCUGCUGGUGGAAGGCAUCUACCUCCACAACCUCCUGGUCAUCACUGUGUUUACGGAGAGGAACUACUUCAAAAUCUACCUGUGCAUUGGCUGGGGUACCCCGUUAAUAUUCCUUGUGCCCUGGGUGAUGGCUAAAUACCUAUAUGAAAAUCAAGAGUGCUGGGGCCAGAAUAUAAACAUGAAUUAUUGGUGGAUCAUCCGCUCCCCGAUACUGUUGGCAGUUGUGAUCAACUUCCUUAUCUUCAUCCACAUCAUCAAAAUCCUUGUGUCGAAACUUCGAGCGCACCAAAUGCGAUACACAGAUUACAAAUUCAGGUUGGCCAAGUCGACUCUAACCCUGAUUCCUCUGCUGGGCAUCCAUCAGGUGGUCUUCAUCUUCGUCACGGACGAGUCCACAAAGGCCACCAUCUCCCUGCGUCUCACCAAGCUCUUCAGCGACCUUUUUUUCUCCUCCUUCCAGGGUCUCUUGGUGGCCAUCUUGUACUGCUUCGUCAACAAGGAAGUGCAGUCCGAGAUCCUGAAGAAGUGGAAGCGCUGGAAGCUCGGUAGGAACAUCGAGGAGGAGUACCGCCACACCUACAGCAACACGCACAACACCAAGACAGCCAGCCUGCUGAACCACGUCUCCCGGCUGCCUCAUCUCCCGGACAUCGGCAAAAGCUCGUCCCCCAUCUGCAGCCCCGAGGAGACGCGCAUGCUCGUGGCCGGAUGCGACAACGGCGCGGCCAGCGGCAAAGGGGCGAGUCAGUGCGCCUCGCCUACUCACGAGGGAACCGUCAGCAACUGCGCCCUGCUGGAGGACGUCAGCCUCACGGACAAGGCGCAGCGCUACGAGGGUCAGAGGGAGAACGUGGAGAGCCACCUGUGAGAGGUGGCGGGAACGUGAACUUUAUGAGGAAAGCAGCCUCGGGCCUCUCGUCCGACGCGCUGCUCCGGGUGGCUGUGAAGAGCUGUUAGUUUGCUGUGGGCCCUUGUCUGAAGAAGGAUGUCGCCUGGAACGCCAAGCGGGGCCCUCAGCCCUCUCCACAGCCACGGAGACCGGAGGACAACGCGGCAGACUCCCACGCUGAGGAGUCGCCGCUUCUGUGCUUUGGGCCUCGCGAAUGGAUUCCUGUAGAUGUUUGUCGGACGGCAGAAUUAACUGCUGCGCUUUGAAGCAAUCCGGCGUUUCAAGGCAGAUAAGCCAUGUGAAAUAAUGACAAAAGAAUAAAACACGUCAACCUCAAAUUGCAACAAAACAAAAAAAGAAGAAGAAAAGAAACAGGGUCAUAGCUCGAGCCGCUGCUGUACUUUGUGCUGUGUAUCAAAUGUGUGUUCUGCGGUACAGGCGGCUUAAGAAAAACUGGACAUUGAACUGCCGACACAAAAAAGACCAAACAAAUCAUUUAAAACAAGAUUUUAGGGAACAAAGGUUUUUUUUCCCCUCCUUCUUUCCCCCCGCUUCGCUCCGUUAUCUGUAAAUGGUUUCUUGUCCGCGACGACUUUGAUGGAAAUGUACAGAAAAAGAAGAAACAUUCUGCUGGAUGAAGCUUAAGUGGACCACAGACCCCAUUCAGAGCACAUUGGCAAUUGGCAGCUGCUCUCGCUAGCUAAUUCCUGGCUAUAUAUAGACAUUUAAAGAGGUAAAGAGACGCCAUGGGGCCAGUUUUAAAUAUGUUUACCUGAUCAUUGUUCAAUUAAGUGUUUUAAGAAGUAUGUUUUUUUUUUUUAUACCUUGGAGCCGAUUGUAGAGUUGUGACUGUUUUUAUGCCAGUUGUGUUUUCAAAGGAAAUAAUUGCAGUUCUGUGCCUUUAAAUUAGCCCCCCCCCCCUCUUGCUAUCAAGAUGUUGUCUUACUCAUACGCCCUGGCCUUAUUUAUAUGAAGUUCUACACGGUAGCCCACUCAAAGCCGACAGCUGACAAAGCGUGCACUCAGAUCAAGGAUUAAAAAUACACGGCAAACAGACGUUAACUGUGAAGCCACGCAUGCAUAAAGUAUGACUCCACCACUGGGACUCAAAGGAACACGUCAACUCUUGCACAAAGGUGUUUUUUUAAAGUCUAAAUAAAGUUUCAUGAUGAUUUUGCAUAUUUGUAUAAUCCCAUGUGCAAAUGCCAGGAAAUCUGAAAGCUUGUGUUAAUGAUGCAUGCCGUUACUCUACAGUGUUUAAUAUUCAGACAAAUAGAACAAAACUCUGUCCUCUGAAAGCAGAACAAAACCUCUAAUGGCAAAGAAAGCUACAUUUUACAGCGGUACAUUUUCUUUUUUAUAUAUUGCUUUCUUUUUAAAGGUAGGAAUCCUCCAUCAGAAAGCUGCCCAAGCUUUUGCCUGAAUUAACUCAAACUGGCUUUGUAUGUAUGACUAUUUGUACAAUGUUAAUUUAAAAUUGUUAAAUGAUGUAUAUAAAUAGAUAUAUGUGUUAAACAGGUGAUUUAUUGGAUUCUUGUUGAUAUUGUACUUGGAUAUGUACAUUCUUUCCUGUUGGGUAUAAAUGGGUAUAGUUACAGUAAUCCACAUUUGUGGAUGUUGGAUGAAUCAUCAGCUGCGGCCAGUUAAACAUCUGUGUUCCCACAGAGCACAGCGGCUGUUAUGAGUCCCCCUCUAACAUAUACAGUACGGCACCACAUGACGUUCCCACAAGUCAUGCCUAUAUAAAGGCAUAAGUACAGCUACGCAUUUCAUUAUGGAAGCGACUCAGUGUCAUUUUGUAGUUUCAGAGCUAAAUUAGAGCGAGACAUUAGCCGGUUUGUCGUCCGGGUAAAAGCCCUGUGCAUUGACAUUAACGCGUUGAGUCAGUUUCGGGCCAUUUUCAUCAGCGUCUGCUAAGGAUUGUAAUAGAGGAGGCAGAUAUCCAUUACUCAGAACUGAGCUGGCUGCGUUCACACACUGGCGCUGCUGUUGCCCAAAAGGUGAAUUUACACUGUUUUUCUCAUUUUCCAGGGCAGGAGAAAUGCCGAGAUACUGACUCAGUAACAAAGGAACGUUAUGCACCUUGAGUAAAAUUAUUAUCAGUAGAGUAUAUAUGUUUUGUCAUAGUAUAUAUUGCUAAUUUUAUUUCAAACGAGUACAUGUAUUUCAAGCUUUGACCAUAACUAUGUAUGUUUCUGAGGCCAGCGGCUUGGGUCACUCCCCUUUCUGGACCAAAGUGGUUCUGUCUGAAUGUAUUCAAUAGGAGGCCAGUGCUCCCUCUCGUUUUCUUUUAAAAGGUGGUUAUGUACAGUACUCUCGCUGUGAGGAACCAAUCAGUAAGAACUGACUGUGUUCACAUGUAUGCUGUUCAUCAUAUAUUGUGUCUGCUUAUAACUUUGUCCAAAUGGUGAAAGAAUAAAUUACAAUGUAUGUGAAAGAGUAAUUUAA